UUCAUAAUUCAAAUCGUCCGACGCCUGUUUAGGUCUCCAUCUACCCCUAUCCCUCCCUCUGCAUUCCCCUGUGCAGAUUUAUCCUACAUUAGGGUUUUGUAGAGACAGAGAGAUACUCCUAUAGUCCUAUUAUUGUGUAUGUUCCUUGAAUUCUCCGCCCCAACUUUCUCUCUCUACAUUUGGGGAGGAGGAUGUCGCACGCCAGCACCACCACCGGAACCGGACCGGAAUUCAACCUACCGGACGAGAUACUCUCGGUCAUCCCCACCGAUCCCUACGACCAGCUCGAUCUGGCCAGGAAGAUCACGUCCAUGGCGAUCGCGUCGCGGGUGUCCAAGCUGGAUUCCGAGGUGGGCAGGUUAAGGCAGAAGGUGUACGACAAGGACAGCCUCAUAUUGGAGCUCGAAGAGAAGGUUUCGCACCUGCAACAGGCCUUUCAUGAAUCCGACAUGCGGUUGAAGAUUGCUCGGGAAGAUAAUAUGAAGCUUUCCAAGGAGCGAGAUUCAUUGGCCAUGACAACCAAGAAACUGGGACGUGAUUUGGCCAAGUUGGAGACAUUCAAGAGACAACUGAUGCAGUCGCUAAAUGAAGAUAAUGCAUCGCCAGCUGAAACUGUUGAUAUUGUGACCUGUGACCAGUCAGUUUCCAAACCGUACACUGUGAAAGGGGAGGAGUUUAAUGGGCAUGCGACACACCGUUAUUUGACCAGCUCUGUGGAGAGUGGAUACACAACUGAUGAUGCCUCAAAGCAAGCUGCGCAAAGAUUUUCUAUGACACCAUAUAUAACACCACGGCUCACUCCCACUGGAACUCCAAAAAACAUAUCCACAACGGGAUCACCAAUAAGGUACUCAGCUGCUGGAUCUCCUCAGAAAACAUCUGGCAUGACAUCCCCCACCAAAUCUCAGUAUGAAGGACGCGGUACGAUGUCUUCAUGGUACCCAUCAAGCCAGCAGUCAUCUGCAGCGAACUCCCCUCCUCGCGGACGCCCAGCGCCAGGACGUACGCCACGAAUUGAUGGGAAGGAGUUCUUCCGUCAAGCUAGGAGUCGUCUGUCAUACGAACAAUUCAGUGCAUUUUUGGCAAACAUAAAGGAACUGAAUGCUCAAAAGCAAUCUAGAGAGGAAACUUUGAGGAAAGCUGAAGAGAUAUUUGGGAUGGAUAACAAAGACCUUUACAUAUCAUUUCAAGGAUUGCUCAACCGCAAUGUACACUAAAUGAUUCGGUGGUAGGCAUGUUUAUCCCCAGUCAGGGUGCUUUUUAUCUGUUUGUUCUUAACAUAUGGUGUCACUGGUAAACUUAUGACUGAAGACAAUCAUGGCCAUCUGGGAAGCUGGUUCUCAAUCAACUCAUAUCAAUCUGAUCAUCUAAAACCAUAUCCAGCUUCUGUGUGAAUGUUCCUUAAUGAUCCUCGCUGAAUAGUUUGUCGAUGGUAUGUUAUCAAUGUGCGCCUUGCUGAAUUGUCCCAACUCUGUAACGUAUUGAGUUGGUUUUCCCCUUUCCUCGAGGGUGUGCUUUGUAAAGCAAUUACAAACUUGAGCUUUUUCAAGGCUCUAGUUUUCAUUUAUUCAAUAACCUUGAAUGCAA